UUAGUGGAGACAUGUCAGUUUUAGAUUAAUCUUGGUAGUUUUCUUUCUGAUUUGUGUUAAUUAUAUUUCAGAAUUUCCUACAUAUCUAUCUAUCUUUUUUAUCUUGUUUUUAUUCAUAAAUAUAGCUUUUAACGUUACCAAGUGUGAAUAUUUAUUGUGAAAAUGACGGUAGACGGGGACGAGAAGCCUCCAAAUGAUCGCGUUUUCAUGGACAUUUCCAUAGGCGGUUUGCCCUCCGGUCGUAUAGUCUUCGAAUUGUUCAACGAUGUGGCUCCGAAAACUGCUGAAAAUUUUCGUGCCUUAUGCGCUGGAGAUGCGGGCGUGGGAAAGGUUACUGGGAAACCUUUGACGUACAAAGGCAUGGUUUUCCAUCGGGUUGUAAAGGACUUCAUGAUUCAAGGAGGUGACUUCACUAACGCUAAUGGAACUGGUGGCGAAUCUAUAUAUGGCGGUACAUUUGAAGAUGAAACUUUCGAAUUGAAGCAUGAUCAACCAUACUUGCUGUCUAUGGCAAAUAGAGGCAAAGACACUAAUGGAUCACAAUUCUUUAUAACAACACAGCCGGCACCGCAUCUCGACAAUGUGCACGUAGUGUUCGGGCACGUGGUGGGCGGAGCGGCGCUGGUGCGGCAGCUGGAGGCGCUGCCGGUGGACCGCAACGCGCGCCCCCUGCAGGACGUCACCGUCGCCAACUGCGGACAGCUGGUGCGGCUCCGGGCAGGUAAGAAGCGUAAGCAAGACAAAGAAAGGGAGAAGGAAGGCAGCGAUGCGGACUCGGAACACUCGCAUAAGAAGGAUAAGAAGAAGAAGAAAGACAUGAAGGAAAAGAAAAAGAAGAGGCGUCACUCUGGACCAUCUGCUGAUGAAGAGGAAAACACCGAGCAGCCCUCUCACCCUUUGGUGACCACGUCCAAGAUUGACCCCCGCGAGAUUCCAGACGUGCCCACCAACAGGUUCCUGAUGAGAGGCGGACGCGACCAGGAUAACAGGGAGCGGAAUGACCCUAGGAGAGACAGAGAAAGGAUGCGUUUCCGCGAGCGAGAGCGUCACUCCUACACACGCAGCGGCAGGAUCAUCAAAGGGCGGGGUGUAUUCCGAUACCGCACGCCGUCCCGGUCGAGGUCGCGCUCGCGGUCAGUGACCCCGCCGCACUGGCGGCAAGCUCAGCGGAGGAUCAUCAAGCUCUCCGAGUUCGAGCGUGUGGAACAAGAGCGUACGGAGAGGGAACAGCUAGAACAAAGGGACAAACCCGCCGAGCGGCCGCACAGCGAGGAAGAAGGCGGCACCCCGGAACAGCCCAGGGAGAAAGAAGAAGGCGAAUGUGACACCACAAUGGAGAGAUCGCGUCACGAGAAGAUUGACUAUAACGCAUUGGAUUUCGAAGAGGACGUGGAACAAGAGGAGGAAAGAGCCGCCCACAAGCGCCGAGCGGAGCGCGAACAAGCUCGGCGACAAGUUCGGCGAGCGACGCCCGAGCAUAGAGCGGAGAUGCUUGCGCUCGCGCUUGGCGUACAGCCCAAGCACGAUAACAGCGACGGGCCGUCGCACAGGGAAUCCCGCGAGUGGAGGUCGCCACGUCGUCGCGAGGGAUUAUCGUCGGCCGUGCAGGCGGCGCCGCGCCUGCCGUCCGCCGUCAGCGCCGCCGGCCCGGGCCUGGGCGGGGACCACCGUCCUACACCGCACACCUCCGACGAGUAUGACCCCUUCACUCUGCUGAGAAGCACCUUCAAUAGGGACAAAAAGGAGAAAGGCAAGGAGCUUGCAAGAGAAAGGAAAGAAGAGCGUCCAGAACGUUCAGAUAGACGCGACAAGGACAAAGAUAAGCAAGAGAAACUGAAAGAAAAAGAAGAUAGGCGGGAACGGCAUAGAAGCGAGAGAGAUGAUAAAGAUUCUAGACACUCGGAGUACAGAAAGGACGAUAAAAAAGAAGAAAAACGGGACAGGGAGAAGGAACGCUCCAGGGAAAGAGAUAGACAUCGGGACAAGAGCGAGAAACGCAGAGAAGAAGAUAAGGAGCGUGAGAAAAAGAAGAGGCGUUCACAUUCGUCCAGCGUUGAAAGGUCGAAAUCACCAAAAUCCAAAGACAGAAAACGUUUGGACUCUGAUAAUCAGGACAAGAAUGUUGGACGAUCCAAAGAGUUGGAUGAAGACGAAAAGAAAAAGGAACAGGAGCGGCUUGAAGCGCGCAAGGAGCUGAUGGAGAUCGUGAGGCUCAUCAAGUCGAGGCAGCGCGACAGGGAGAACAAGGCGGCAGAGGUUAAGAAGAAGCAGGAGUCUUCGGAUUCAUCGUCGGAGGACGAGAAACCCCGGAGGCGUCGUUCGAGCGAGCGUCGCAAGCGGAGUCACACGCCGCGUGGUCGCGGCCGUUCGCCGUCUCCCGCAUCUCGCCGCACACGCACGCGGCGCUCGCCCUCUCACUGACGUCGCAUGUCGCCACGCGUUGACACAUGUCGUCGCAUGUCGCCGCACGUUGUCACAUGUCGCCACACAACGCACACCCAGCUGUCUCCUAAUCUAUGUGGACGCAUUGUAAAGUGAACAUGUGGAACGUGUUGGUAAAUUUCAUAAUAGUUCAUCCCGAGCAAUGUCAAAAUGCUUUUUUAAACACUAUGCAUAUAAGGUAAACUUCUUAACGUUUGGUCGUACUAUUAAGGUGUCAAAUGGUGACAAACAUACUCACGAUCACUUUUACAUUAGUAAAUAGAGAUAUUAAACAUUAUCAAUACAUAUAAUAAAACCAUAACUGAUCGCUGUCUGUACAUGGAAGAUAUAAUUAUAUAUAUAAAACGAAUGCCUUUAUGAACGUCUCAAAUUAUAAUUUAAAAUAUUUAUAAUAUACAUAAUAUAAAUAAAUAAAAUAAAUAAAUAUAAACAUAUACGGACAAAUCACACAGAUUGAGCUAGCCCCAAAGUAAGUUCGAGACUUGUGUUAUGGGAUACUAACUCAACGAUACUAUAUUUAUAAUAGAUACAUAUAUAGAUAAACAUCCAAGACCCAGGACAAUCAGGAAAAGAUCGUUUUCCAUCAUGACCUGGCCGGGGAUCGAACCCGGGGCCUCCACGUCGCAGGCAGGCGUGUUGACCGCUGCGCCAUGGAGGACGACAUGUAUGUUAUGUAAGGUAAUCUGUUUAUAUAAUAAUUUAACUAUGUUUUUUUUUAUACAACUUAGAAUGGCAAACAAGCUGACAGCCCACCUGAUGGAAAGUGGUGACCUUCGCCUAUAGACAUGAGCAGUACCGUGGACAUAACAGAGUAUACUGUUUCGCCCACGAUACCCCCCAUGCGUUGCCAUUCCUGAGGACUCGGGUGUUAUUCCUCUGUACCCAGUAAAUUCACGCCAUAUCCCACCCUUCAAAUUGAAACACAGCCAUGCAAACAACUGCUUCACGGUAGAAAUAUGAAUGGAACAGAGGUACCCAAGCAAUCGACUUUUGUACAGUCUCACUCCCAAAUUCUAACUUUACAUAUAUAUGAUAUAUUCUUCAGCAAUAUAAAGGUUGUAAGCCUCUUGGUAACGAAUAGAAAUGAAGCACAAGUUCUCACAGUUCUUUUUAUUUUAGAUAUCAUACUAUUAAAUCAUAUAUUUACUUAUUUUACUUUAUAUUUGAUAUAUAACAAAUAAUAUAACAUAAAUACCCAACUUCUGUUAGUCCAUUCACACUUAUUUAACUAUAGCUUCUUUAGGACUUCCAUCAACAAUAAUUGUGAUAUAUUUUAUAUAAUGACCACGUGGUUCACUAUACUUGUUCACUCUUGAUACGACAGGGAGCUCCGCUCUGUUCAACGGUUGGACAAGAAGUGUGUAAGCCACCCAAAUAACAGUCUUUUAUAUCUACAGGGCCGAAUUCGAGUGAACAAGUCAGUGAGACCGCGUGUUCUUACAAUUUCAUCACUUUUUAUUCAAGUACCAUGAUAAUAAAUGAUUGUAAAAUCAAUUAAAAUAUAAAUUAGUGUUCUAUAUACAUUACAAGAAUAAUUUAUUACCAAAUUCGGUAUAAUAACAAUUUUAAUACUUUAUUAUAUUUAAAGUAGUUACUUUGAUUUUUAUUAAUAAAUGUAGGUACACAUUUUGACACAAGAUGUUUGAGAAAAUUAAUAUAAUUUAAAAUAAAUAAAUAAAAAACGCAAUGGAAUCCAAAACUGUUAUUUGUCUGUUUGUCUAUACAUUUGUGCAUGCUAAUGUCAGAAACGGCUUAACCGAUUUUAAUGCGGUUUCCACUAAUACGUUGCGGUUUGCUCCAUGUUAACAUUUAGUGUUUGUUUUCAAUCGGUUCAUAAAUAAAAAAAGUUGUACCAAUCUAAAGAAUUACAUAUAAAAUGCUAUAAAAUUGAAUUGGCGGAUACUUUUUUUUUAUUAUAUGUAUUGAUUUUCGAAUAUUCUGUUUACUUGUACGAAGUCGGGUCGGAUGGCUAGUUUAAAAAAAAAAUUAAUAUUGAAUUUUCUAGAAUUGAUAUUACCGUGUAAUGAGUUGCAAGGUGCAUUCUUAAGUUUUUAAUAUAGGCGUCCUACCUAUCUGUGUAUGUUUCAUGUUUUCUGAUAUGUAUAAAAAUGUUCAUAGUACCAUGUAUUGAUCAAUGAAAUUAAAAUAACAUUUUUUUUUUUAAAGUAACUAUCUAUUGAAUUUAUUGUUAGCCUGUACAUGAUGUGACAUUCUGUUACUGUGUUCGUAACGUUCGCGUGCUUAGUCAAAAAGUAGGUUUUUUUUUGUAUAAUUAAUCAAUUUUGAACUUUCGCUUUGUUGACACUUUAGAUUAGGGGUAUCCAAACUUAUUUUGCCUACUGCCCACUUUGAGAAUAAAUUAUUUUUUACCGCCCCUAUUUUUACAUCUACUUAAAAACCACUAUUACUUCAAGAUCAAUAAAUCACCCCCCAAGCCUCUACACAACGCCCCCCUUUUUUUUCUUGGUUUCUUACUGCCCCCCUUUAGGCCUGCAGCGCCGACAAGGAGGCGUUAUAGCUCACUUUUGGAAAGGCUGCCUUAGGUUAUAUAGAUAGAGCGUCUUCAUACAAAUGCUUCGAGAAAAACGGCUCAACUUUUUCAUACAAUUUUGCUUGAUAAAUAGUUAUGAGUGAUUCCUUUAUGACUUCUAUAUUUGUCUUGUAAUUUUUGCAUAUUUUUAUUGCGAAAAACUAAUUGUAUUUAUUAAAUGAUUAAAUAUAGAUACGUCAAGAUACAUUGUGUGCGUAAGUAUAUAGAACACUGAUAAAAAAACGAGUCAGCUAAUUUGACAAUUAGCUGAUAAAAUAUUGACCCGUUUUCGAGAUUGGAUGCUUUAUCUAUAUAAUCUAAAGUUGGCACAUAUUAUGUAUACAUUAUGGGGAUUUACCAGAUAAAAUAAAAUCAGGUGUGUAGGUAUAGUACAUUACUGCAGUGGCCAGCAACUGAGGUAUUGAUGGACGAACGUGCAAAUGUGGGCCGAGGCGCAGCCAAGGCACACAUACGUGAGUCCAUCAAUGCCUAGUUGUGGCCAAGGCUUGUAUAGUACUUUUCUCAAACAAUGCGCGGAAAUCAAAAACACAAUUUUACUUUUUAAGUUCAAUGACCAAUAACGAACAAUAAUAAUUUUUCACGCGCCAUAAUGUUCCUUUGUUUAUUUUCAAUAAACCGCUUUCUAUUUGCAAGCCAGUUCGAGAUUUAAAUAAAACCUUUUAUUAGUUACCUCCUUGGUAGCCAUGUUUCGAAGUAAAAGGUCAUUCCAUUUUUAAAUUACAGGACAGAUAUGAGUUUACAUAGUAAUUUAUCUGGCCGCAAUACACAACAGAUAUGGAUUUUCAUACAACUUUUGCCGGCCGCUGCCCGCAUGUAUCUGGCCAGUACGGCAAUUUUGACUUAUCUCGAAGAAGAUUGUCAAAAUAAUGCUCACAUUUCCAAGCAUGUUUGAGAAAAAGUUUUUUUUUUUGGUGGAAAUCAAUCUUUAAUUAUGUAAUACUUUUGUUGUGUCAAUAUUGUCAGUUUGUCUGGUAAGGGCGUCUAGUUAGAUAGCUAGUCUGACGAAGUUAUUUAGGUAUGUAAUCAACACAUACCUGAUUCUCUAAGUUUCCAAGGAGAGUAGUAAAAAUUUUGUUUGUUCAGUUACACUUGCAUGCUUUUUCUACAUUGUAGAUAAAAAAAAUAUAUAAGCUGCGCGCUUAUUUACACACUAUACAUAAAAAAAAAUGUAUUUUUUUUUUCAAAUGUCUAUGUGAAUAAAUUUGAAUCCGAAAUAAAAUGUUAAAAUUAUGUA